AUGAUGAGGCACGAUGUGGUGGGUGCUGUGCUUCACAUCCGCGUGGAAACCGCUGUGGUCAUCGCCAUGGUAGUCAACAUGUCUGACGGAGCCAUCAGGUUGAUGCAAGGAGUAGUGUCCCUUCACCACGUCACCGUCGCGGUACUCAUGCUGCGACUUGAAGUCUCCAGUGUGGGGGUCCUCUACUUCAUACCCGAACUCGUAUUUUGGGUAAGUGUAGUAAUCAUGGUGGUCGUGUCCAUAUCCGUAGCCUCCGUAGCCUCCAUAGCCGCCUCCGUAUCCAUGGUAGACGGGCUCGUGGUGACCAUCGUGACGGUGGAUGUACUGGGAGGAGUGGGCAUAGCCUGA